UAAAACGAACCCAACCGCCAAAACUAGAAACGACGUCGCUUGGUACUAGCGAAGAGUACGGGGCCGUGUAGGUGGCGGUACGAACUGCAAAGAAGCGAGUCCGCUGCUGGGGUAGGUGGAUGUAAAAUAUCAGACACCACCUUCCACUAUAUAAAACUGACCCAUCGUCCAAAUCAUUUUAACACCAAAAGGCCAACCAUCGCUCAUUCCCUCUCUCUCUCUCUACACGCACACACACACUCACUCUCUCUCUACACCAGUCUUUUACUGUAUGGCCGCCAAUUCGAGCAGUCGAGGUAUCGCGAGCUUGGGGAAGCGCCUUAUCAACGAGAUCCGAGCGCGCGAUUCAGCUCAGCUCUCCGCUCUCACUCUCAGGAGGGCUGCUCACACCUCGACUUAUGACAAGAACCCGGAGGAACAAACUCGACCCAGCUUUGUUCCAGAUGAUGUGAUCCCACCCCAACCGGACAAGUACUGGGCUCCACAUCCCCACACGGGGGUGUUCGGGCCUGAAGCUGAACACACAUCUUCCGCAGGCAGGGAGGACGGCUCCUCCACGGGCGAUGGUGGGGAGGGAUCCUCGGUGAUGGAGCAGGAGGCGUGGUUUCGUCCUACCAGCAUCGAGGACUUGGAGAAGCCUCACCUUCCCUAACUCCGAGGCAACAUAUGAACUAUAUAUAUUAUAGAUAAAUAAUGUAUAGGCGUGCUGCAGCGGAGGCUGCCUAUAUAUGUGCUGUAGUGCUAAAAGUAGUAGUAUUCUGUGUGCAAAUACCGGUUGGUAGCAGAGCUGGAGUUGACUGUGUUACAUAUUAUAUGCAACUUAAUGGUUACCUACCCUAUGCCAAUGGCUGUGUAUUUCUAAUUUUCUACGGUAUCUUUUCCGUGAAUAGAGGGAUAUGCCUUGUGAAUCAA